AUGGCGUCUGCUAUGCAGUUCGAUACGGUGGAGGGUGUUGAAAUGGUUCCUGGCACGAUUCGGAUUAUUGACUUAAUGCACACCAUGAAUGUCCAGCACAUGGAAGGCAGCAAUUCCGACAUUGUCCUCGUUCCACAACCAACUCGCGACCCCAAUGAUCCCCUCAACUGGUCUCGUUUUCGGAAAGAGUACCAUUACUGGCUACUUUGGUGGUGGGGUUUUAUUGCCGCUGUCUCUGUAAAUUGGGGAGGGCCUGUAUGGACUCAACUCACAAUCGACUACAACACAUCUUAUUUCCAGCUCAACGUUGCUUCAGCAAUGUGCUGGCUGUUCCUUGGACUCGGUUGCGUCUUCCUCCAACCGACUGCGAUGAAGAUCGGUCGUCGGCCAGUUUAUCUGAUUGCCACGGUCUUCAACCUAGUUGGCUGUGUCAUGGGUGGGGUCUCCCAAACAGUUGGGGUCUUCUACGGAGUUAAUGUCUUGACGGGCAUUGGUGCUGCUCCUGUUGACUCCCUUGUUGAGAUCUCGACUAUGGAUAUCUUUUUCGCUCAUGAAAGAGGUACAAGGUUGAGCUUAUUGCUCUUUACCAUCUAUGCCGGAUCAUACCUCGGGCCCGUCGCCGCAGGCUACGUUGCAGAAUCUCAAACUUGGAGAUGGUGCUAUUGGUAUCUGGUGAUAUUUCUGUUCGCACUUCUUGUUAUUCAGCUCUUCACCAUGGAAGAAUCGACCUACCGCCGACCCAUCUCAUCAGUCGAAGUUGGCGGAGUCCCAGCAUCAGCUCAUGCCACAAUCAAGGAACUCGAAGUAGGGCAAGACAAACAGACAGCCAUCGCAUCCACAGGUGCUCACGACGACGAUGAUACACCCAUUCCACCACCAAAGACUUACAUGCAGCGCUUCAGUCUCAUUCAAACCUCACAAAAUGACCCUCGAUCUUGGAUCGUCAUCGCACUUCGCCCUUUCGCAUUGGUGUCCUACCCCGCAGUCAUGUGGGCCGGCAUUGUCUACGGAGUUCAAGUUAUGUGGCUAUCCCUCCUCGCCACUACUCAAAGCGAGAUCUUCUCUCUGGAGCCCUACAACUUCUCAGUCGUCAACGUGGGAAACAUCAACUUCGCUGCUUUCAUAGGCGGUAUUCUGGGUAUGCUCUGGGGCGGAACAGUCUCAGACAAAUGCUUGUUGUAUCUCGCUCGUCGAAACGGUGGGAUUGCAGAGCCGGAAAUGCGUCUGUGGACAAUGCUUGUACCCAGUAUUAUCAAUUCCGGGGGUCUGUUGAUGUAUGGCUUGGGGGCCUUUUACGGACUUCCAUGGAUCCUCUCAGCUGGUUUUGGGACAGGAUGUAUUGCGUUCGGAAUUGGUUCUGGUGGAGCGAUUGCCAUCACUUAUGCGGUUGAUUGCUACUCUCUGGUCGCAUCUGAGGCUUUGGUGCUGAUGUUGUUUGUGAGGAAUCUGUUCGGAAUGGGCUUCACGUUUGCCAUACAACCAUGGCUGAGUGCUGAUGGGUUGAGAAAUACUAGUAUCAUCAUGGCGAUCAUUUGUCUGGUUUCCAACAUGUCGUUCUUGGGAAUGGUAUGGUUUGGAAAGGGGAUGAGAAGAUGGACUGCAGCAAGAUAUGCCAAAGCUGCGGAGGGGGCAAGUACCUGA